GUAGUCUCUGACUCACAUCUGUAACCGGUGUUUUGCAUUAUGUAUACAGGCCUACAUGUUUACCCUAGAGGAAAAUGGUUACCAAGUGAACAAAAUAGCUCAGGCAGCUAAUAAGCACACUUGUACCUGAAUGCAGGAGUCUUCUCAGGCAGGCUAUAGGACAGUUACAGGAGCACGUGAGGGCAGGAUUUCCCCCGGAUCCUGGUAACAGAGGACAGGAGUGUCAGGCUGGGCUGGGCUUUCUUAUUAGCAGCACAGGAAGGCUGUAGAAAUGCAAUAAGGCUUUUUAUAGCCUGCCUGAAAUUAGUGCACUUUUGAGUUUGUUUUUCAGUGAACGAAAUAUGUCCUUUUAAAAUGUUUUUUUUUUUUAUAAUGAGCAAUAUACACGGUUCGUCUUACUCAUCCACGCCCCCUAAUUUGCAUACGCCGUGCUGCCAGGAUGGUUGCUAUGGCGACUUUCAUUAGCCCCGCCCUGAUCCCCGGCUUUCUGCGCUCCUUCCCAUAAACUAACGGCAGUGCGUGUUGGUGUGUGUGCUGAUUCACAGCGUGGCUUUAUCUGUCCUGUCGACUCGCGUUUGUUCUCACCUUUUACUGCUCGUCUUGUCAGAGUUUCUUGUUCUUCAGCUCAGCCAAUUAACACUACUUCUAACUAUUUAAGGCGUUUACAAUGUCUGCGGUAUCAAGGCGCAGCUCUAUGGGGGUCCCUAUAAAGAACAUAGAGCGCGAGCUGAUCUGCCCCAUUUGCAAGGAACUGUUCACGCACCCGCUCAUCCUGCCUUGCCAGCACAGCGUUUGUCACAAAUGUGUCAAAGAGCUGCUCAUGCAAAACCAGGACGACUCCUUUGGCACGGACGCCGGAUCCGAGUGCUCGAACCCUGGAAGCCCUCGGUCCAGAGUUCCCUCUCCCAGCAUGGAGAGGCUGGACAGGCUGGUCCGAUCAGUGUCAUUGCGGCAGCAGCAGCAGCAGCUGGCCCCAGCAAGCCGCGCUGCAGAUGCUGCCUGCUCCUCCCCUCCCCGAGCAGCACAGCGCAACCACGGCCUAAGGUCCGUGUCCUCCUCCCCCGGCUGGAGGCGCUCCUCAGUCACCCCCCGCGUCACCAGCUUCCCAUGCCCAGGUUGCCAGCGUGACAUAGAGCUGGGCGAGCGGGGCAUCAGCAUGCUCUUCCGCAACUUCACGCUGGAGAGCAUCGUGGAGCGCUACAGGCAGGCGGCCCGCGCCGCUGUCGCCAUCAUGUGUAACGUGUGCAAGCCGCCUGCUGUGCAGGAGGCCACCAAGAGCUGCAUGGACUGCAAGGCGAGCUACUGCAACGAGUGCUUCAAGCUGAACCACCCAUGGGGGACGCCCAGGGCCCAACACGAGUACGUCGGGCCUACUACUAACUUCAGACCAAAGGUGUUGAUGUGUCCUGAGCAUGAGAUGGAGAAAGUUAACAUGUACUGCGAGGUGUGUCGCCGGCCCGUGUGUCACCUCUGCAAGCUUGGUGGUUCUCAUGCUAACCAUAAAGUCACAUCCAUGAGCAGUGCCUACAAGGUCCUCAAGGAUAAGCUAUCAAAAAGUAUCCAUUACUUAAUUAGCAAAGAGGAACAAGUGAGGACUCAGAUUUCUGAACUUGAGGUCUUGAUUCGGCAGACUGAGGAAAAUGGACAGCUUGCGGAGAGACAGGCGCAUGAGCACUUUGAGCGUCUUUUUGAGACUCUGCAGGAAAGGAAGACUGAAUUGUUGAGGUCCAUUGAGCUGUCCAGGAACCGGCGUCUGGACAAGCUCAGGAGCCAGGUGGAAGAGUACCAGGGCAUGCUGGAGAACAGCGGUUUAGUGGGUUACGCACAGGAAGUCCUCAAAGAGACUGACCAGUCCUGCUUCGUUCAGACGGCCAAGCAGCUCCACAUCAGGGUUCAGAGAGCCACGGAGUCACUGAGGACCUUUCAGCCUGCUGCUAACCCCUCGUUUGAUGAGUUUGUCCUGGACACCUCAAAGGAAGAGUCCUUGCUGAAAGACCUUUCCUUUGGUGGAGUUCCCGAUCCUCCUAUGAUUGACCUGUCUCAGAGCCGUGUGUACAACGAGGGCCUGAUUCACUGGAGACUGCCCGAAGAGACUCUGCCCACUGACCACCAUGUCCUCGAGUAUAGAAAAGUACCUGCAAAGGAAGAGGAGGAGAGCCAGUGGCACCUGACUGAGCGUGUGCACGGCUCCAGCACAGUGGUGUGUGAUUUGGAUAGUGAUUGCCGUUAUGCAUUCAGGGUGCGGAGCUGCCGCAAUACCGUUCACAGCCCCUACAGCCCUGAGGUGUCCUUUCACACACCUCCUGCACCAGUGUUCGGCUUCCUGUUCAAUGAGAAAUGCGGCUACAGUGCAGAGCGUCUGCGGUUGAGCAAGAGGAAGGACUCUGUAGAGAGCAUGGCUGGCAUGGCCUUCCUGUUGGCCGCUGAUCGGGUCCAGACUGGAAGUUACAUAUGCCUUGACUACAUCAUCGGUGACACAGGCAUCUCACAUGGCCGUCACUACUGGGCUUUCCGCGUGGAGCCAAGCUCUUACAUGGUGAAAGUGGGAGUGGCGUCAGACUCGAAGAUGAGUGAGUGGUUCCACAACCCCCGUGACACCAGCAGCCCAAGGUACGACCAUGACAGCGGGCAUGACAGCGGCAGCGAGGACACGUGCUAUGAGCUCUCGCAGCCCUUCACUCUGCUCACAGCAGGCAUGGGCAAGCUCUUUAUUCCCAAAGCGUCCCACACUGCAGCCGCGGGAGACCACGGCAGUCGUGUUCUGCCUCUUCCUCAGCGAAUCGGCAUCUGCCUCGACUAUGAUGCCGGACGCGUCUUCUUCUACGAUGCUGACUCGAUGCGCUGCCUCUACGAGCGUCAGGUGGACUGUUCCGGAACCAUGUACCCUGCGUUCGCCCUCAUGGGGGGCGGAGCCAUCCACCUGGAGGAGUUCAUCACAGCCAAGCGUCUCUCUUACAUGUGAAUGUGUCUGAGUUGAUCUGCUGAUCCCUAACGAUCCUAUUCUUUUGGCUUAUUUUGUCCCUGGCUUCUCACAAGUAAUGAUAUGUAGCUAUCUGUGAAAACACUAUUUCAGUGCACUAUUUCAGUUUAAGAGCCACAAGUAACCUGAAAAACCCUUGGUUCAGUGCCUUUUAGGAGACCAACUAGGCAGGUGUUUAGAUUAUGUCAGCACUUGUACACAUCAGGGUUUACUAACAGUCACAGAAAUGCAAAAGGACACACUAUACCUUAAUAUAAUGCAAAGAUGUCACCUAUUUGCUGUUCACGUGUGAGCAAUUUAAUGAUUGUCUGAUGUUGCAGAUGACUAAGUUAAUCGACACUAACUAAUACCUGUGCACUAAUAAUAACUGGCUUUGUAAACUGUUCUGACUGUAGAAAUGCUGCUUGGGCAGGCUUUUUUUUUCUAUUAAGAAAAAGAAUAAGAAUUGUUUAAGAAUAAUCAAGAAUGAUCUAAUAAAUAAUUUGCAGUGAAAUUGAAUCUAUUCCAAACAGUCUGUCUUAAAACACCAUGAAAGCGCUUGCUCGCAGUGGAUUGUCACAUAUACAUGUAAGGACACCUCGUUGUGAUAGGUAUGUAAUUCAAUGCAGCAUUGAAAAGCUUUUGCAGUUUGAAUGUAUCUUUUCUUUUUUAAUGCAAAGUAGCAUUUGAAUCACAGCUGUGCUGCUAGGUUUUAACCAGGGUAUGAGUACUAACACUGAUUCAGAAGGUGAUUGGGUUAAUAUGCACCAUCACAGCCAGUGUGAAAAUGACAGGAAAAGACUGACAUGGCCUUAGUGAAUGAUCACAGGUUUUUUUGCAGCAGGAUUACUGGCUAUAAAGGGACUUCGCUGGAGUAGUGGUAGAUAGAGUAGGGUUGCCAUGUGAUUCCUCAGGUACUCACCCUAUGGGCUUUUUGAUACCUACCUCUCAGUCCUGGAAUAAUAAUUGGCACUGGGUUUAUGCUUGGAUGAUUUUGAGGUGGUGGUAUAGCACGUGCCUAUUCACUAAACCUCAAAGGGUUUGUUUGCCUCUUUAGCUGGAACCCUGUGAGUUACCAAAUCAAAGCAUUUUAUUCCUACAUUUUAAGUCUCUUAACUUGUUGGAACCUCUUUGAUUUCAUUUCAAACUGAUGUCUUUUAUUAUUUUUUUUAAGAUGCUUUUUCAAAUUUCAGUGCUUUUCGAUCCUUUCCUACUUGAUGGUUUACUGUUUUUUUUUUUUUUUAAUUUUAUUGUAGCAUAAAACCUUUACGAAAGAACCUUUUGUUUUAAAGAAAGCAUUCACAUAUUGUGGCUACAAGUCUUUUUUUUUUUUUUUUUAUCUCUUCACUAAUAUUUAAUGUAUUUUAAGUGUUGUGUCCUGAAAAUUUGUCAGUAGAAAUCGGUUUGUUUGUGAUAAUUAAAAUAAUCAUGUGAAUGACGGCAUUGUCACAGCAGGAAAUAGUGGAAUCAUGGUAUGCUCUUCCAGUAGUAACUUUUUGUAGACACUAAUUAUUGUUUCUUAUCACAUUUCUUUCCACAGUGGAUUCAAGGGAGAAUCUAUGCACAUUAGUUUACAGUUUCUGGCUUGUGUUCUUGUUACAAUGUUUGUGUCACGGUGUGUAAUAGUAACCAACAAAGUAAUCAUUUUGUUCCCUGUACACGUUAAGCUGUUCGGUCUCUGAGGGGGAAAAACAGUUCUGUUUUCACUAAUCACUUUUGAUGUAGACUUAGUGGUAGAGUAUCACCAUACUGUGAGCUGUAAUUGCUUAUUAAACAGGACAUGAUGUCUUUUAGUGAUCAUUUUAACUCAUCUUAAAGAUAGCACUUUAUAGCAUGUUAAGUCUCAUGGCUUGGUGCAGGUGUGUGAAGUAGUGUGCAAUAUAAUUUCCCCCACAGGACGUACUGUACUCUUAAAACGAGCUGCGGUGUGACGUUUGCUUUUUGUGAUUUUAAUGCUUUAAUGAAAAUGAAAAGCUGUCUGUCACUUGUAUCUAUAUUGUUUUAUUUUUUAAUUUACAAUGUGGGGUUUUGAUAUGAAAUAAAAGUAUUGAAAUUGG